AUGUCAAAAGAGAUUGACAUUUCCAUACGAUACUUGGAGAAUGUCCUUUCAACCAACAAUUCCACAUUGAUUCUCAGUGACACUGCUGCACUUCUUGAAGCUAUAUCGAAAAAUUGUGACACUACUGAUAUAGAUCUCAAGCGAUCUAUCAUUUCCCUACUCCGAAUAAUUGACAAAAAGUUCUUCUUGAACCAAGAAGUUGACAUCAACCAAAUUAAAUUCUCUCUUCAAGAAGUUGGGAAGCUCUCUGUAAAAUGUCCAAAAUUGAAUCAAAAACCAGUGGUCCCCGAUGUAAAAGGGAAACCGAAUGCCGAGUUCCGGGAGAUGGAAAACAUGCCUAAUCCAGAUGAGGAAAACAUUGACAAUCUGUUGAAUCAGCUGAAUUUAAAGUUUGUUCCCCCAUCAAUCACCAAAUCUCAAACAUCCCUAUUUUUUUCUAGAAAAGUGCCCAGUUUUGCCCCAGCAUUCCCGGAUAUCAAAGAUGAUUCUGAUGAUGAGAACGGAAUUACAACUAAGAAAAAAGAGGAGGAACGAGCUGAACAACACGGCCAGAAGGUAUGCGAGGAGGAGGUUGUGAAGUUGCCAGACGGGCGAGAGAUUCGUAUGAAAAAGACUAAAACGGUAAAUGUCACACAAACAUCAAAACACGUCACAGUGUCCACUAAAAGUGCAAAUAUGCCUGAAGUCUCGAGAACGUUCAUGAACACCAGAAGAGGAUUUGAUGAGGAUGAGGAGACGGAAAACACAAACUUUGGAUCAAAAAACCUCCGUGGUGAUCCAUUUGAACGUUUUCGUUCAAUGCUCAAAGAUAAAGAUGAGAAGACAGAAACAAUUGAGGGAGAAACAUCAGAACCAGGAACACCUGGCUCCUCAUCAAAAUCAAAAACAAUUGAAAGAACAAGUGAAGUGUCACAAAAAGUGUCCGAGAAAAAAGAGAAGGAUGGGCGGCUGCUGGCAGAACAUGAAGCAUCGAAACUUGACAAGUCCAAUUUGUUUGCCAAGCAAGUUGAUACAUACCAGGGUACCGCAUUAAUUGAUCGCAAAGGAGAAGGAAGUUACGAAGAAAGUACAUUGGUCCGAAACGCUCUUCCACAUGAUUCCCAAGUGACAACACCUCCACGAAUGCAUGUUGUUGAGUAUAUGAUGAUGUUUGGCGAUGACAAGAAAAACAAUGAGAACGAGUAUCUGAAAGGUACCACCAUCUCGUCCUACGUUCGUCUCAAUAAUAAUUUAACAACUCACGAAGAGCAGUUCCGGAAAAAAAUUCAAUUUGAGUUUAGCACCGCAGGAACUUCAUCAACAACUAUCGACCUUGAUAAUCUGUCUGAUUUGCUGAAUCAGACAGAUUUCAAUUGCCUCCGACCUCCAAACAAAUUCCUGGAAGAUACACCACAUAUAGUUGAGCUCCCACCAAAAGCUAUCGACUGGCAGAGAGAACUAUCUAGUGUCCCUUCAGAGAAGGAUCUGCUUUUAGAACACGACGCCGUAGAUUAUGUUAUAUUUCGAGAAAAGGAGGGAAAGGUUUUAGAAGUCCGUGGAGGUCCAAAGGACGCUCUGGUUGUCUAUGCCACACAAUCCACGCAUUCCAGUUUGCUUUACCAAGAGGCUUUUCUUAUCACGUUCAGAACUUUUAUCAGCGCUUUGGAGCUGGUGAAUAAGCUUAUCAAACGAUAUCUCUACAUGUCUCUUGCCAAUGAUGCCCAAUCAGAGUCCAUCGCUCGUCACACAUUCUCAGUGAUUGUCAGAAUUAUUGAUGAGGUUACACAAUACGAAUUGGACUUUGACCUUAUUACCUCGGUUACCUCGUUUGUGUAUCGCUUGAUUCAUGACGGAAAUUUCACAUAUUCCCGGAUUCUCAGAACUCGUUUAUUGGACCGUUUGAAGGACUCGUUUGACAUUAAUACUGUUCUGGGAACCAAUCUAUGCAAACCAAAAAAACCCCAUGACCUAUUCGAUUUCAAAUCCGCCGAAAUUGCAUGCCAGCUAACAUUUAUCGACUCUCAGCUUUAUCAUAGAAUUGAAUCCGCCGAAUUGCUCUGGUGGUCGCAGGAGCAGAAUGAGAAGAAGAGCAAGAAUCUCGUGAAUUUCACAGAGCAGUUUAAUAAUCUCUCCUUCUGGGUUCGAACGUUGAUCAUCACUCAGUCCACACAGAAGGAACGCGAGCGGCAUAUGAUGAAAUUUGUGAAAAUUAUGAAGCAUCUCCGUGAAAUGUGCAAUUUCAACUCAUACUUGGCGAUACUCAGUGCAAUCAUGUCCACACCGCUGGCCAGAUUAGAAUGGAGCAAGAAUAUCAAAGAUGCUCUCAAAGAGCAUACAGCCGUUAUGGACACUGCACAGUCUUAUAAGAACUACAGAGCAUUGUUACAAACUGCAAAGCCACCAUGUGUUCCAUAUAUCGGUAUCAUCCUGCAAGACUUGACAUUCGUCCACGCCGGUAACCCAGACACAAUUCCAACCGACCGAUGCCACGGCGCCAAGAACAUGAUUAACUUCCUGAAGCGCUGGAACCAGUUUGCCAUUCUUGACAGCAUCCGCAAAUUGAAGAAAUGGAAUUAUGACAUCAAGAAAAAUGACAUUGUCGUGCAGUACUUCAAUGGCUUCAAAGAUCGCGUUGAUGAGGAGCGCACCUGGCAACUAUCUCAUCAGAUCAAACCGUCGAAUCGCAAAUCCAAAAUGCAGUCAUAA